AAUAAUUAUCGAAUAUGUUAUAACUCAAAAAUAAUCAAAUUUAAGAUAUCAAUAAUAAUAUUUUUAUUUGGUUUUAAAUUUAUUCAAUUAAUAAAAGGAAUAUAAUUAUAUUGUUUUAUAGGAUUAAAGCGAAUGCCUCCUAGAUUUAACUAGCCCGAAUACGAAAAUGGAUUUAGAAUUGAUGAUGGGUUUUUAGUCAAAAACUUAUUUCAAACAAUUACAUUGGAUAAAAAAAAAUAACACUUUUUAAACAUAAACUAUCUUCCACAUUUUUAGCAUUCCAUAAAAAAAUUUUUGAGUCCUGAAGAGAAAGCAGCUCUUUAAGACCAUUAGUUUCAAACUUUUAUCAUAGAACUAUCACUAAAUGAGGUUUAAUUAACAGAUAUUAAUUAAUUAAGGGCUUAUGUACUUGCUCAUAUCAAAUCAUGCCCCUCAUUUUGGCUUUAAAACUCAAGCAUUUAGAAAUCCGCAUAAAUAAGACAUUAAGCUUCGCUAGAAAAAUAGCAUAGGAUGGAGUAAUGGAGAAAAGAAAAUCCUGAUAGAAACAUAGAAAGCUAUUCAGAAUCUGGUAGUAGCUCAGAUGAAGUUAGCUAAAAGGUUAAAGAUUAAGAGUAAAAGCAGUAAAAAGAAGAUAAAAAUAGAGUUGUUUAGGCUAUGAGUAUCUAUAAUAAUUAUCAAGAAGACAUUAAAGAUUUAAAAAAGAAAUACAUAAUGUUAAAAAAUUGUAUUUUACCGGAGGAAUACAUAAUUGAAAAGUUUGAAAGACAAGAGAAUGACUCUGAAGAAUAAACUAGAUUUGAAGAAAAAGUCAAAAAAAUUAGGCCUAAUUUGAACUUUAGUUAGGGAUAUUAUGAUACUACUACAGAUUAAUACUAAAAGUAAUACAAAAAUAGCUACUCACAGUAUUCAUCUAAUUCUUCUAAGAUGAUGGAUGAGAUAACUGAAUAAACUUACUUUUCCUAUCUCAGAAUGAAAAAUAUAAUAGUUCCUGAUAGAUUUUUUAAAUAUCCAAAGAUAGAUUUCUUUAUUUUUCCUAUGGUAUACCAGUUCAUAAUACACUAAAUCACUAACGUCUAAAAGGACAUAGAAAUAAAUGAUGAAAAAAAUUUUAGACUUUAGAAUUUUAUAUUUUUGCUUUUGCUAAGUGAAAAAUAAAUGAUUUCUAAUUAGAAAAGGCCGAGAAGUCGUAAGAGCUAUUUUUAAGAGCAAGAUGAAGAAAUGAAAAACGAAAACCAAAAAGUGGAAAACAAACUAACAUACAUAAAAAAAGAUAAAACUCAAUCUCUCAUUCAAAAUAACGAUGAAAAUGAUAGCGAAAAUUAAUCAAAUUAAGAAGAUGAUGAUAAUGAUGAAGAUGAAAUUGAAGAAAAUAAUAAUGAUGAAAACUCAAAGCUAAGUAAAAAUCAAAGCGAAAGCAGCAAUUAAAUUUAGUAAGAGAAAGAGUAAGAAAAAAAAUAAACAAAAAAUAUCAAGCAUCAAAGAUCAUAAUUUAGAAAUGAGUACUUAGAUGCUUUUUCUAAUUUUUGUCUAUAGAAAUUUGGAUUUCUGAUUUAAAAUUACUAUUCAUCUUCAUUGAUUGAGGCAAGUAAAAGAGAGAAGACGUUGCUUUUCAAUACUAUAAAAUUAGGAAUAGAUUUUUACACCUUUAUUUCUUCAAAAGAAAAUCAAAAUAUGAUAAAUGAUGAGAAUUUUAAUUCUGAAUUAAAUGAAGAAUAAAUUGGUAAAGGAGACUAGAAAUAAAAUUAAAAUACAAGUAAACAAAGGGGCAAAAGAAAAACAACAUCUAAAAAUAAAAAUUACAUCUCUUAGCAAUUAGAUUCUAUGGAGGUUGUAGAUUAUUUUACCCUCAAAAUAAAUGAAACUCUAGUUUAUUACAUUAAAAAUUACGAAUAUUUUAUUGAUAAUUACCAAGCUUAGCUUAAAGAAUACCUUAUUUUAAAUAGCCAAGCAAAGUAAAAAUAAGUAAUAGGAGCAUUCUCUUCAUAAGAAUAAAUUGAUAAUUCAAUAAAAUAAUAUAAAGAUUAUCUAUCUAAUCCUGAUACUUUAAAGAUGAGAGGGUAUUUAUAUCAUAAUGAGAAUAGAGUAAAAUGGACUGAAGAGUAAUAUAAAAAGUUUUUAGAACUGUACUUAAAAUAUAUGAAAUACCCAGUUAAUAAUAGACGUAUUGCUUCAGAAAUGGGUAAUAACGUUCAUUAAAACCAUGUUAGAUUUGAAAAACAACCAUAUAUGAUUGGUUUAAGGAAAAGGGCACUAGAAAAUUAGAUUCCUCUUCAAGAUUAAGUUAAAAGAGAUAUUGAAAAUUUUAGUCUAUCUUAUUUCCAUAAAAAUCAAAGAUCUCUAAAUAACUCAUAAGGAUCGCCAUCAGCAGAAGAAAGAAACGAUAAUCUAGGAAGUGUUGACGAUGAAGAUAACGAUGAAAUAAACUUAGAAGAAGAUAUUUAUGAGGAUGAUGAGAUCUUAAAUUAAGAUGAAGAUGAUGAAGAAGAAGAUGAUGACGAUGAUGACGAAAACAAUGAUGAUGAUGAAGAAGAUGAAGAUGAUGAUGAUAAUGAUGAUAAUGAUAAUGAUAAUGGAGAAGAAGAAGAUGAAGACGAUGAUGAUGAUGAUGAUAAUGAAUAAAAUGAAGAGGAAGAAGAUGAAUAGAAAGAUAACUAAAGUGAUGAUGUAGAAAAUGAGAGUGAUAGUAAAGAAGAAAAUAGCUAGUCAUAAAAAAAUGAAUUAGACACAGAAUAAAAAGAUUAAAUCAACAAAUUAAAUACCUAAAAUUAAUAAAAUUCAAAUAAAAUUGAAAAUUUCAGCAGGACAAAAAGUAAUCUGAACAAUAAAAGGAAAUUGUAAGAUAAGAAUACUGAUGAACCUGAACAAUUUGUAGGAAGUAAAAAAAACAAGAAAAUUAAAGAAAAAGAAAAGUAAAAACAGAAGAUUGAAGUUGAAUAUCCAGAGGAUAAUUAGAAAAACCUUUCUCAACUAUAAAUUUCUCAAAAGAAACAUUCAAUUUAAGCAAUAAGUGAUGAAGAGAUAAACCUAUCUGACAAUAUAAGUGACUUAAAAACUGAUGAACUUGAUGAUUAGUUUGAAAUGUUAGAAAAUUCUAGCUCUAAAAAUAAAUAAGGUUCAAAUAAUAAAUUCUUAUUAACUGAUGAGUAAGGAAAAAAUUAAAAUUAAAAAGAUAUAGAUGAAUUAAAAAUUAACUUUUCUGAUGAUGAGGAUGAAGGAGAAAAUAACGGAUAAAGCCACUAAAAAAGAAAAAAAAUUAAAUAGUAAGAAGAUAACCUAGAUAUAGACGAUGAUUCUCUAAGUCUUUGA